AACAAAUUUCAGCUCUUCCUGGAGGAUUCCCAGAUGGUCCCAAGCCAGCUGUGAGAUAUAAUCUCUUCAGCUGGUUCUGGCCCGGGGUCUCCGUCCAGUGAGACAUACCUGAUACAGCUCAUCUCUCUAAGGUGCCCCAGCCACCUCGACUGACUCCUAUUCCGAGGGUCACCUGGACUAUCGAGCUUGUCAUCCUAUCACGGAGAGUAGAGGAACCUCAUCUCCACUGUCGGUACUUACAGCCUUAUUAUUCUGGUCAUUUACCUAGAUUACUGCAUUUCUAAAAAUGCAGUUCUUGACUCCGAUCAGAAAUUCUAGAUUCUAGAUUUAAUAGCCUACGUUCCCUUGUCACUGGGGUGGUACCCUCAAGAGUAUAGGAUCCAUCUUUUGCACUUUUAGUGUGUGUGUGUGCAUGUGUUUGUUUUUUUUUUUUGGUUUUUUUGGUUUUUUUUUACAUGUUUAAUGUUCCUCCAUCCAUCCAUCCAUCCUCUAUAUCGCUUAUCCUUUUCAGGGUCAUGGGGAACCUGGAGCCUAUCCCAGGGAGCAUCGGGCACAAGGCGGGGUACACCCUGAACAGGGUGCCAAUUGUUUAAUGUUCCUGUAAAAUGAUUUUUCAUACAUAAUUGGACCUUUAAUUGGCUUUUAGAGUAACAUAAAGGUAUACAACAUCAAGGCAAGUCAAGUGGGGUUUUAUUGUCAUUGUAGGAAAGAUCAAAUUAAUAAACACACAAGACAAUAAAUACACUGCAAGGUCUAAAAGAUGUAUCCUUGUGGAUAGAGGUGUAAGAUGCACCUGAUAGGAAGGUAAAUGAUGCAUUUCUAAGCUAGGUGGAGCCUACCUAAUAAAGUGGCCACGCAUAGGUGUAUUUCCUUUGCAGAAGUUGACGAGCACGACUUUCCCGUGCCUGUUUGUUUGCCCAAACCUUACUUGCUAGCAGAGUAACCAUGGCAACCAGGAGCGCACUCAAGUUGGGAACGCCCACCAGCGCACACCGUAGCGCACACAGUCGGUGAGAAGCGGCGGCGCUGGGAUGGGAAGCCCAUUACAGCCGCAGCGUCGCUUCCUCCAACAGCAGCGCCUCCAGCCGCAGCACUGCGCACCGCGAGAGGAGGAAGAGGAAGAAGAGGAGGAAGAGGAGGAGGAGGAGAAGGAGGAGCGCUCCGGCGGGCGGCGCGACUCCCGCACCUGCCACGCGCGCAAAAGCCUCGUUUGUCACGGGACGUCGUCUCAAACCCAACUCGGCACUUCAGUAAGGACGCCGUCCGUCUCGUCUUCCCCGAGGCAAGGGUGCCGGUGCAGCGCGUGUGAGCUCACGCCUUCUAGUCAUGGUAGUUCAUCCAGGCAACAUCACCACCGCCACCACCAUCACCACCACCACCACCGCCACCACCAUCCUCCGCAGCAGCCGGGAAGCCCGGUCGGCGAACCCCGCCGCGAAAUAGCCGCCGUCGCGAUGAGCGGCUGCAGAUACAACGGCGGCGUGAUGCGGCCGCUGAGCCGCGCCGGCUCGUCGCGCCGCAACCUGCACGAGUUCGACUCGGAGUCGCAGCCGCUGCAGCCCGUGUGCGCCGUGGACUCGAGGACGGAGAACCGCGUCAGCGCUCCGGUGCCGUACUCCACGGCGGACGGCGGAGGAGGAGGAGGAGGUGGUGGAGGAGGAGGAGGAGGAGGCAAGCAGGGCAAGAAGAAGAACCAGAACAUCGGCCAGAAGCUUGGGCACCGGAGGGCCCUGUUUGAGAAGAGGAAGCGCCUCAGCGACUACGCGCUCAUCUUCGGCAUGUUCGGCAUCGUGGUCAUGGUCAUAGAGACGGAGCUUUCAUGGGGAGCGUACGGCAAGGAGUCGUUGUAUUCAUUAGCUCUAAAAUGCCUGAUAAGCCUUUCUACAAUCAUCCUUCUCGGCUUGAUUAUCAUAUAUCACGCCCGGGAGAUUCAGCUGUUUAUGGUAGACAACGCAGCGGACGACUGGAGGAUAGCCAUGACGUACGAGCGCAUCUUCUUCAUCUGCCUGGAAAUCCUGGUGUGCGCCAUCCACCCCAUCCCGGGCAAAUACACCUUCACGUGGACGGCGCGCCUGGCCUUCUACUACACGCCGUCCAAGACGGACGCCGACGUGGACAUUAUCCUGUCCAUCCCCAUGUUCCUACGCCUCUACCUGAUCGCCCGCGUCAUGCUUCUGCACAGCAAGCUGUUCACCGACGCGUCAUCACGCAGCAUCGGCGCCCUCAACAAGAUCAACUUCAACACGCGCUUUGUCAUGAAGACCCUCAUGACCAUCUGCCCCGGCACCGUGCUGCUCGUCUUCACCAUUUCCCUGUGGAUCAUCGCCGCCUGGACUGUCAGGGCGUGCGAAAGGUACCACGAUAACCAGGAUGUAACCAGCAACUUCCUAGGAGCCAUGUGGUUGAUCUCAAUCACUUUUCUAACCAUCGGAUACGGGGACAUGGUCCCUAACACAUACUGUGGCAAAGGGGUCUGUCUCCUCACCGGGAUUAUGGGGGCCGGAUGCACUGCUUUGGUGGUGGCCGUGGUCGCAAAAAAACUGGAAUUAACCAAAGCCGAAAAACAUGUACAUAACUUUAUGAUGGACACGCAGCUGACAAAAAGAGUGAAGAACACUGCUGCAAACGUUCUCAGGGAGACCUGGCUCAUCUACAAGAACACCAAGCUGGUGAGGAAGAUGGAUCACGCCAGAGUCAGGAAGCACCAGAGGAAAUUCCUCCAAGCCAUUCACCAAGCGCGAAAAUUAAGAAGUGUUAAAAUGGAGCAACGGAAGCUGAAUGACCAAGCGAACUCUCUAGUGGACCUCGCAAAGACUCAGAACAUCAUGUACGACCUGAUCUCGGACCUGAACGAACGCGGCGAGGACACGGAGAAGCGCAUUGCCGAGCUUGAGACCAAGCUGGAGACGUUGCUGAGUAACCUGCAGGCUCUUCCGGGCCUCAUCAGCCAGCUGAUCAGCCAGCAGCAGCGUGACCUCCUGGAGGUGCAGCUGCAGCCGUACGAGCGCUCGCAGUCUAUAUCUCGACGGCGCUCUUCCUCCACGGCGCCCCCUACGUCAUCAGAGAGCAGCUAGAGCCCCUCGGAGCGCAGAGACCCUUCGCCAUCAUAUGGCCGACGUGCAUCUUACUGUAAAGCCUUACGGCGUCUCGGUAACGCGUCUUCCGCAUCCUGACGACGGGGUGACGCAGCUGAAAUGGCGUACAGCUUUUUACUUUGUACCUCAAAGUUCUCUUUUUCUCAGUAUAAAAGGCGGGGCUGUCCAGAAAACCCCUCCUCACACACUCACCAGGAGAGCAGUGUCACACAACCUCCAUGGCGCAAAAUAAUACUGUGCCAGAAUAGUGCUUCCCAAUGGACGUCCUGCUCUUCCUGUCUAUACGAGACUGUAUAAGACUGAGUAAUUCCUCAAACCAGCAGGUGUUAGACUUUUUUUUUUUUUUUUUUUUUCCUCCCAUCCAGCAGUCAAUAGGGGGCCGACCCCUGACCCCACCCACCCCAUCCAGAGCUAACAUAUAAAUUUACACACUGGAGGAGAAUAAAUAUAUAUAUUUUAGGUUAGACGCAUCAUUCUUCUGAAGGCGCCCCUUCCGAGCUAUUCUCUCCAGGGA